AUGCAAGCCCAAGUUGAGGUUUCACAAGGAGCGGCGACUCGGACAGGUGCUCCUUAUCCGACCAAAUUCCGAUUAAGACACUCUCGCACCAAGUCAGGUUGCCUGAUGUGCCGCAGACGCAAGAAGAAAUGCGACGAGACACGACCACAUUGCUCGUCAUGCCUCAAGAGCAAGGUUCCCUGUGAAUGGCCAGAGACGACAUCGGCUGGAGUUCAAGAUCAACGGCAGGCACAGACACAAGGGUAUACCCCAAAGUCUGCACAAUACGGUCUAUCUAAUCGUCAGAAUGCAAAUCCCUUGACUCUUGUCUCUCCGUCAUUCAAGUAUGGCAACCCUGCUUAUGACUUGACGUGCGAUUCAAGCCGUCUCUUACAACACUACGUAACCGAAACAGCCGCCAUACUCGCAACGGGAACACCAAUUGUCAACCCAUUCUUGACCUGUGUUGUCCCCAAAGCUUGCUGGGAUCCGACUUUAAUGCAUAUUGUCUUGGCUUUAAGUGGUGCUCACCUGUCAUACAAGCUGCCCUCCGGCGAUGAUGCGACGCGUGUUGAAGCGUCAAUGCGGAAGCACUAUCUACAAGUCAUUCGAAGUGUGCAAAACACAAUCGCCGUUGCGGACUUCAAGAACACAGAUACCAUUUCUCCACUGUUACUAACGUUGGCCUUUCUGUGCCACUAUGAGGUUCUAGCUGGAUCACCGACUUCAGCCUUGUCCAUGCACCUUGCAGCCCUCAGCCAACUGUUUCAUCGCCUGUCCGAGAGCCACAGAGCGAAAGCUCCGAGUCCAAAUGAUCCGACGGACGAGACCGUAGCUUUAUCACUCGAGGUGCUACUGUACCUCGCUUUCAGCAAUGUGAUCUUGCCAUCUCAUGCGUUUAACUCACCUAAUGCCGUUCCCGACCAAGUCGCAAACUCGUGUUGCUUGCUCAGCCAGACCUUGUCGUCCAAUGGGGCCAUUUUCGCUGGCUGUCGUGGGCUUUUCGAACUCAUACCCGUGGCGAAAAGCCUACACACUUGGCGACUGGCAGAAGAGCAAGCCGGCAUUGGCGCUCCUGGCACAGAAUUUGAAGCUGCUCUUGAUGACCUGUCCGGCAGAAUCAGUGGCUGGACGUUGGAAGGUGACGAAAUCCUGCAACCUCCAAGCGAACCAACAUCCGUGAACCAUGAUCGCUUGGUUGAACAUGAACAACAAGCCAUGGCGGCAGAAUGUCUCCGCCAUGGUCUGCACAUAUACACUCUGGUUGCGCCGUUGGGCUCAUCUCCCCCAUCGCCAAGCGUUCGACGGUCGGUAGAAAGCCAUGUAGCCGCUGUUGUGGAAUUGUCGGAACGGCUGGAAGGGCUGCCGGCCUCCUCAAACACCCUCUGGGCGAUAGUUGUUGCUGGAUCGUGUUUAGAAGAUGAGGGAUGGCGACGUGAGUUGGCAGCCGGGCUGGUCAAUUCAAGAUUCCAGAUGAGACACCUAUCUCUUAUAAAGGUGGCUCUCGAGAAGCUCUGGGAGGAUGACGAUCCGCGAGCGUGGGGGCCUCAUGGGCUAGAAUUCGUCAUGAGGAAACAUGGCCUUUCGAUAUCCAUCUUGUAG